GCGCUUUCAGUUCCAGGCCUCUCCCUCCCGUCUGGCCCCACCCCGAACCGCGGGCAGCGCCGCCACGGCCGCCUUCCCUCCGUUUCCCUCCCCUUCCGGGCCUCCGCAGCGACUCCUACCCGGGCCUCCCGCCUGGCUCCGCCUCCUCCUUCCCCGGCCGGGUUGCGCUGCGCCAGGUGGGGGCGCUCGCGGGCGCGGCAGUAGGAGCCGCUGGCGCCGCCAUCGCAGCGGGACGGUUUCCGUCCGCUCGGCUCCCCAACAUGGCAGCGGCAGCAGGAGGCGGCCGCUCACCUCGCAGGCCGGCGCUGCUGACCCCUCGCGGCAACGGGGACCGCACCGUGUUCCUCUUCGACCGCCGCCGGGAGCAGGCAGACCCGGACGAGAAAGUGCUCAGCUACGGCAAGGACAACUACCGCGCCUUCCGCAGCGCCGUGUGCCAGGCAUUCGGCAUAGCUACUGAUGAAAAGUUUGUUAUCACCACAACAAAUAGGAAGGAAAUUACAGAAGACAACUUCAGCGAACUUGUUCAAGAUGGAGUCACUUUAUAUCUGCUGCAGUCAGUUGAUCAAAUGUUGCUUUUGGCAACCAAGGAACGAAUUGACUUCCUGCCCCACUAUGAUACACUUGUCAAAAGUGGCAUGUACGAGUACUAUGCCAGCGAAGGGCAAAAUCCUCUGCCAUUUGCCCUUGCUGAGUUGAUUGAUAAUUCUCUGUCAGCUACAUCCCGAAAUACCGGUAUUCGGAGCAUACAGAUAAAAUUGUUAUUUGAUGAUUCCCAAGGAAAACCAGCUGUUGCUGUGAUCGAUAAUGGAAGUGGAAUGACUUCUAAACAGCUUAACAACUGGGCUGUAUAUAGAUUGUCAAAGUUUACAAGACAAGGUGACUUUGAAAGUGAUCAUUCAGGAUAUGUACGCCCUUUGCCAGUGCCUCGUAGUUUAAAUAGUGAUAUCUCUUAUUUUGGAGUUGGAGGCAAACAAGCAGUGUUCUUCGUUGGACAGUCUGCCAGAAUGAUAAGCAAACCUGCAGAAUCUCAGGAUGUUCAUGAACUUGUCCUUUCUAAAGAGGAUUUUGAAAAGAAGGAGAAACACAAAGAAGCAAUAUAUACUGGUUUCAUUCGAAACAGAAAGCCAUCUGACUCUACUCACAUCACAAGUGAUGAUGAAAGAUUUCUUCAUAAUCUAAUAUUAGAAGAAAGGGAUAAAGAGAGUUUCACAGCAGUUGUCAUUACAGGUGUACAACCAGAUCACAUGCAGUACUUGAAAAACUACUUUCACCUUUGGACAAGGCAGCUGGCACAUAUCUAUCACUACUAUAUCCAUGGACCAAAAGGAAAUGAAACUAAUGCUGUAACAAAAGACAUAAGCCCUUUCAACAACAUCGACAUUCAGAUUUCAAUGUUCGAAAAAGGAAAAGUACCAAAGAUUGUCAAUCUGAGGGAGAUCAAAGAUGACAUGCAGACAUUGUAUAUAAAUACUGCAGCAGAUAGUUUUGAGUUUAAGGCACAUGUUGAAGAAGAAGGUAUAGUGGAAGGCAUCAUCCGAUAUCAUCCUUUCCUGUAUGAUAAAGAAACAUACCCUGAUGAUCCGUGCUAUCCAUCAAGAUUAAACGAUGAUGAUGAUGAUGACUGCUUUAUAGUAGAAAAAGGUGCCAGAGGAAAAAGGCCUAUUUUUGAAUGUUUUUGGAAUGGUAGAUUAAUACCAUACACAACCGUGGAAGAUUUUGACUGGUGUGCUCCUCCAAAGAAGAGAGGAUUGGCACCAGUUGAAUGCUACUACAGAAUUUCUGGUGCAUUGUUUACCAAUGAUAAGUUCCAGGUCAGCACAAACAAACUCACUUUCAUGGAUCUGGAGCUGAAGCUAAAAGAUAAAAAUACUCUGUUCACGAGAAUCUUCAAUGGACAGGAGCAGCGAAUGAAAAUUGACAGAGAAUUUGCUUUGUGGCUCAAAGACUGUCAUGAAAAAUAUGACAAACAGAUAAAAUUCACAGUCUUUAAAGGAAUAACUGUACGUACUGAUAUACCAUCCAAAAGAUUGCAGAGCCCUUGGACAAUGUAUGCUGCAAUAGAGUGGGAUGGAAAAAUAUACAAAACUGGACAGCUGGUGAAAAGUAUUAAGACUCAUCCAAUAUUCUAUGGAAGUAUCGAGAAAUUUUUUUUGUAUGGAGACCAUGAUGGGGAUAUAUUUGCCACUGGAGGAGAGGUUCAAAUUGCUUUGGAACCACAGGCGUUGUAUGCUGAAAUGAGAAUUAUUCCAAUCUCAAAACUUGACAGAACAGUGUCUGAGAAAGUCGUUAAAAAAUACAUAGAGGAUGAAAUGGCAAGACUUCCUGACAGAUUAUCGGUAACAUGGCCUGAAGGGGAUGAGUUAUUACCAAAUGAAACAAGAUUUGCUGGUACACCAAUAGGAGCGUUAAGAAUAGAAAUUUUGAAUAAAAAAGGAGAAACAAUGCAAAAACUUCCAGGUACAAGCCAUGGAGGUUCAAAGAAACUUCUUGUUGAACUGAAGGUUAUUUUACAUUCACCUACUGAGAAUAAAGAAAUAAUUUCCCAUAUCAGUCAGCAUGGAGGCAAAUGGCCAUACUGGUUUAAGAAAAUGGAAAAUCUUCAGAAACUUGGGAACUACUCCUUGAAACUGCAAGUCGUAUUGAAUGAAAGUAAUGCAGACACUUACGCCGGGAGGCCUCUACCAUCUAAAGUAUUUAAAUUUACUAUUAUAGAGGGCAAACCAGAGAAAUUUUUGGUUGGUCUUUUGGAGCUUCCUUUUCGAAUUGGAGUACCUUUUAACAUUCCUUUGGAAUUGCAGGAUGAAUUUGGUCAUGCAACACACUUGUCAUCUCGCAUGAGACCAAUUCUUGAAGCUAGUGGAUUAACAUUGAAGCAUGACGACAUACCUGUGGGAGCAAAGUGUGUCAUUAAAGGUGUCACUGCUAAAGGCUGUAUCAAUAGUUGCCAGGGCAAGAACUUUAAUCUGAAGAUUACUCUUCCUGGUUUGAAAGAAGACACACAAAUCAUUAAAAUAAGAUUGCAGCCUGGCCCUCCUCAUCAACUGAAAGUAAAACCAGAUUCAGAAAUUCUGAAGAUUGAAAAUGGUACAGCUUUUCCCUUUCAGGUUGAAGUACUGGAUGAAUCAGGAAAUAUAACAGCACAGCCAGAGUUGAUUGUUCAUUGUAAGUUUUUAGGUGCUUCAGACCUUCCUGUGUAUUCUGUGGACUGCAGUAAUGGAGGAACAAACAUUUUAACUGGUCCAGUUAUUCAUGUACAGAAUAUCAAGAAAGACCAGAUACUGAAAGCAAGAAUUGAAAUACUUAAUUGUAAAGAUGUACCACCAGUGGAAAAGAUUAUUAAACUUCUUCCUAGCAGUCAUGUUGCAAGACUACAAGUCUUAAGUAUGAACGGACAAAAAGCUCUUCAAAUUAAACAUCAGGAUGAAAUUAGUUGCGUUGCUGGCCGUAUCAUGAACAAGCUUAUAUUUCAGAUGUAUGAUGAGGCAGAAAGGGAGAUACCCAUAACUGCAGCUGCUGCAGAAAAAAUCAAGGUUAACUGGACACCUAAAAUUGACAGAGAACUGUUGAUGCAGGGAUUAUUACCUGAUGUAAAAGUACCGAGCUCAGUAAAAGAUGUACGUUACUGUCUAAUUACUUAUCUUGAUGAACACGUGUCUUUGGAGAGUGCAUUCACAGUCAGACCAGUUCCUGAUGAUCCCAAACACAUUAAAUGUAAACUAAAAGGUUCAAACACACUGCGGAUGGGCGAAGAACUACAAAGUGAAAUUGAUGUAAUGAUUACAGAUCAGUUUGGAAAUCAGGUUCAGACAGUGACAUCUGCAUGUGUAAAUUCCCUAGGAGUUUCUGGGCCUGGACUUGAUAAAUCAAAUUUGAAAAUAACUUGGCAGGACAGUACUCAAACAAUGAAAGUAAAAGGUAUUCGGUACAAACCCUGUUUACUUGGAAGCAAAGAAUUGUGCUUUGCUUGGCGUGAAUUUUCUGACUUUCUCAGGGUGAAUUUAAUAGCAGGAUUGCCUGCUAAAUUGCAGUUUGUGGAUUGGCCAGAAUUAGAAAAGCCUAUUGCAGUGAUUAAUGGUAGAGAAUUGGACAGGCCCCUUAUUGUUCAGUUAUGUGAUCAGUGGGGAAAUCCAUCUCCUGAACCUAAUGUCAAAAUCAGCCUUACAAAGAGUAACAACUUAAAGCUUGUUCCUUCAAACCAGCAACAUAAAACAGAUGACACUGGUAGGGCUAACCUCGGAGUUUUUAGUAUUCAUGGACCUAGGGGAGAGCACAUUUUACAGCUUAGAGCCUUAUACAACAAGACAACGUUAGAUUGUCCUGUAAUCACAGUAAAUGUCCUGCCUGAUCCCGAGAAACCCGUUUGCUUGAAUGUUAAAUAUGACAGAAGUCCCGCUUUUCCAGCAGGAGGUACCUUUCCUGAUUUUAUGGUUAGUGUUCUUUCUGAAGAUGACACCAUUAUUAAAAAUAUCAAUCCAGCACGGAUUUGUAUGAAAAUGUGGGAAACACAGAGCAGCCGGAUUAGGUCACCAAUUGAUGUUACAACAUUUAGCUGUAGUAAAGUGAAGGAUGAAAAGGAAGAUGGCUUCUUCUACUUCAGGGAUAAAGUGGUUCCAGAGCGAGUGGGCACUUACAGUAUCCAGUUUACCUUUGCAAUGGAUAAGACAAAUAUGCUCAACAGUGAACAGAUUAUAGUUGAAGUUGUACCUAAUGACCCUGUGCGCUUGCUUCCUGAUUCUUUACCAGCUACUCCAGCGGUUUCCAAUGUUCGAGCUCUUACGAGCCGUACACUGGUCAAGGAUUUAUACCUUCAUAUAAUGGAUGAAUAUAACAACCACACUGGACUUGAACUAGUUGGCAGAAUAAUAGCAAAAAUUAAAAGCCCUAAUGAAGAAGAUAUAGAGAUCCCACAGUUUCAGGGGAAAGUCAGUACAGUGGAGUUUCCAUUUGAGCAUGGAUCAGCUGCAAUUAAUCUAGUGCUGGCUGAAGACAGUCCUGGAAGAGAUAGCACUGAAUAUAUUCUUGUCUUUGAGCCACAUCUGCCAGCUCUGAAAAAACCUUUGGAACCAUAUCAUCUCUCAUUUAUGUUUUACAAUGAUUCCAAGAAGCAGCAGCUGAUGGCAACACUUACAAGGGAGAAAGACCAAUUAUCUAAGUCCAUAGAUCUUUACAGAAAGAUGUUUGAUACUACUAACCAGCUUGUAGCUGAAAUGAAAUGUCAGGUUAAAGAAGCUGAAACUAGAGAAACUUUCCUGAAGAAUGAACUGAAAAAGCACCAAAUUGAAUUACCACAGGCAAACAUAAUUCAGUAUGUGGAUUCACUUCUAAAAAAAAAGAUGUUGGAUCAAGAAGGAGUAAUGAAGCAGCCAAGGAGAACCUGUACCCUCCCAAACUAUCCAAAAGGCAACCCAGAUAUUCUAGGCAAGAUUGCACAUUUAGCUCAAAUCGAGGAUAACGAGGCAGCAAAAGUUAUCUCUUGGCAUUUGGCAAGUGACAUGGACUGUGUGGUCACACUGACGACUGAAGCUGCUCGUUCUAUUUUUGAUGAAACUCAAGGUCGACAACAAGUGUUACCCCUUGAUUCUAUUUACAAGAAGACACUCCCAGACUGGAACAGACCUUUACCUCACUUAAGAAAUGGAAAAACCUUCUUCAAACCUAUUGGAAAUCCUGUAUUUGCCAGAGAUCUGUUAACAUUUCCAGAUAACGUAGAGCAUUGUCAAACAGUGUUUGGUAUGCUCUUGGGUGACACUAUCAUUAUAGAUAACUUGGAUGCUGCCAACCAUUACAGAAAAGAGGUUGUAAAAAUUACACAUUGCCCUACCUUGCUGACGAGGGAGGGUGACAGGAUUCGCAGCAAUGGAAAAUUUGGAGGCCUGCAGAAUAAAGCUCCUCCAAUGGACAAACUCAGAGGAAUGGUAUUUGGAGCACCAAUGCCAAAACUUUAUUCUACUUUCUCUGGACAGAUAGAUCUUCUUCAGCAAUACCGUGCAGCAGUGGUUAAGCUUGAUAAUGUGAAUAAGGACCUUGAUUUACAUUUGCAGUCUCUGAACACUCCAGAAAUGCAAAAGAAAAAACAGGAACUUGCUGAACAAGAGAAAAGCCUCAAGCUAGUAAAACAGAAAUUGGGUAUGACUCCUGCUUUAUCAGAUAAAGGCGCUGAGUCAUUACUUCAACCUAUAAUGUUAGAUAUGUCUGACACUCCUAUACCUCCCAAAAGAAUGCGAAGAGAAACAGUGAAAAAAUUGUAUAGCUCAGAAGAAUGGUUCUCCUGUCCCACAAAGCAGCAGCAGCAGCAACACCAAGUGCUGCAAAUGGCCCCUUCAGAACUUAAUGGAACUACACGAAAAAGAAAGGCAUAGACUGAUACGACUUGCUUGGAAAAGCUAUAUAUUGAAAAUGUGAAUACAUUCAGUUAAAGGAAAUUCUUAUGUUGUAUUAUCCAUUACUAUGAAGAUUUUUAUACCAAUAGAAGAUACAAAUUAGUUAGUGGUAACAAAAGUUUAAGUAUUUAACAUUGAUAGCCCAAUUUUUGUAUAGUUAAUUUUAAUUUCUGAAGGCUUUCAGAGUUUUUACGUUCAUGUGUGAAAAAAAGUUUAAAAUAUAUUCUUUUUUAUUUAUGAAAAAAUAAAGGAUCUUUUCAGUAAAACU